GAAUAUUCCAAAAAAAGAAAAUCGAAAAAGAGAUGUAUAGAUGUAUCCGGCAAAGUCGGUACACCACUGCCGUCCUCCUCACUCUCCCCUUAAAACCCAAAUUCCCCCUCACACUUCCCCUUACAAAACACUCCUCUUAUCUCUCUCCCCGAAAAAUCUCGUCUCUCUCGUUUCUCUCUUGUUCGCCUGCUGCAAUGUCGACGACGUCGUCUCCUCCGGUAGCGAAGAAAGUGCCGCACCAGAUGGAGAUGUUCGGCGAUGUGCGCGUCGACAAUUACUACUGGCUUCGCGACGAUUCUCGCUCCGAUCCCGAUGUUCUCGCGUAUCUCGACCAGGAGAAUGCGUAUACGGAGUCGAUUAUGUCUGGUACCAAACACUUGGAAAAGCAAAUUUAUGCGGAGAUAAGAGGACGAAUUAAGGAGGAUGACAUAUCUGCACCAAUAAGGAGAGGACCUUAUUACUACUAUAAAAAGACCAUGGAGGGGAAGGAAUAUGUCCAGCAUUGUCGACGUUCUGCACCUAAAGAAAGUGUAUCUGUUCAUGAUGUUAUGCCAACUGGACCUGACGCUCCUCCAGAACAUAUUAUCCUGGAUGAGAAUUUGAAAGCCAAAGAGCAUACUUUUUAUAAAAUUGGGGAAUUGAGAGUCAGUCCAAAUCAUAAGCUAGUUGCAUAUUCAGAAGACACUAAAGGAGAUGAAAUAUUUACUGUUCAUGUCAUUGAUGCCGAGACUGGUGAACCUGUUGGAAAACCCAUAGUAGGAGUGACGUAUGGACUGGAAUGGGCUGGUGAUGAAGCUUUGAUGUACAUAACAAUGGAUAGCACACUCCGACCAGACAAAGUAUGGUUACAUAAAUUGCAAACAGAGCAAGAUACCGACUCUUGCCUUUAUCAUGAGAAGGAUGAUAUGUUUAGUUUGGAUCUUGGGGCUUCUGAAAGCAAGAAAUAUAUAUUUGUUUCAUCCAACAGUAAAAUUACUGGGUUCGUCUUCUACCUUGAUAUUGCUAGACCGGAGUUGGGGCUUGUGACUUUGACACCUCGUUUAGAUGGUAUUGAUACAUCAGCGAGCCAUAGGGGCAACCACUUUAUCAUUACUCGGAGGAGUGAUGAGGUUUUUAAUUCUGAAGUGCUAGCCUGUCCUGUGGAUGAUACAUCAGCAACGACGAUACUUGUUCCUCAUCGAGAAAGUGUUAAAAUUCAGGAUGUACAUCUUUUUGCCGAUCACCUUGUUUUAUAUGAGCGUGAAAAAGCUCUUCAAAGAAUUAUUGUAUAUCAGCUACCAGCCAUAGGCGAACCACUUGAAGGACUUAAAGGUGGCCGUGCUGUUAAUUUUGUCGAUCCCGUAUAUUCUGUAGAUCCAGCAGAAUCACAGUUUUCUUCAAGUGUUUUACGAUAUGUUUACAGCUCGUUGAGAACACCUCUUUCUGUGUUUGACUAUGAUAUGAACACAGGAACAUCUGUCCUGAAGAAAACUGAAACUGUACUGGGAGGUUUUGAUUCAUCAAAUUAUGUUACUGAGAGGAAAUGGGCAACCGCUGAAGAUGGCACUCAAAUACCUAUAUCACUCGUGUAUUACAAGAAUCUUGUGAAGCUUGAUGGAUCUGAACCACUCUACCUGUAUGGUUAUGGUUCUUAUGAGGUUUCAAUAGAUCCCUCAUUUAACGGAUCAAGGUUGUCAUUAUUGGAUCGAGGAUUUGUUUUUGCCAUUGCUCACAUACGUGGAGGUGGUGAAAUGGGCAGGCAGUGGUAUGAAAAUGGAAAACUUUUGAAGAAAAAAAAUACGUUCACAGAUUUCAUUUCUUGUGCGGAGUAUCUGAUCGAGAAUAAGUAUGGAUCAAAGGAAAAACUAUGUAUUGAUGGAAGAAGUGCUGGGGGAUUGCUUAUUGGUGCUGUCCUUAAUAUGCGACCUGAUCUAUUUAAGGCUGCUGUAGCUGGUGUACCUUUUGUAGAUGUUCUGACUACAAUGCUUGAUCCCACUAUUCCUCUUACGACUAGUGAAUGGGAGGAAUGGGGAGAUCCUCGGAAAGAAGAAUUUUAUUACUACAUGAAAUCUUACUCCCCUGUUGAUAAUGUCAAGGCGCAAAAUUAUCCAGAGAUUCUUAUAACAGCUGGUUUAAACGAUCCACGUGUUAUGUAUUCUGAACCUGCAAAAUUCGUGGCAAAGUUAAGAGAUUUGAAGACCAGUGAUAAUUUAUUGUUGUUCAAAUGUGAACUUGGAGCAGGGCACUUCUCAAAAUCUGGAAGAUUCGAGAGGCUUGAGUUAGACUCCUUCAUGUACACUUUCAUCUUGAAGACGUUAAACAUGGUUCCUGAUGUUGGUGCGGAGAAGAACAGCUGUUUAUAAGCCUUGUAAUGAUCAGGAAGAAUUGAUUGUUUACAAGCCUUGUUGUACUGUUCAAUCCUCAUCCUGAGCAAAGAAGUCCUCAACUAUUAAAUUCAGCCACUGUGCUUUUUUUUUUUAUUGUUUUUUUUAUCAUUAUAUACUUUAAAAUACAAAAAUGUUCAGCAUCUUGACUUUAUUUCCAAUUAUUGUUAGCAUAAAUUUUUCCUUUUUAA